AUGGAAAUGAUAAACUCAUUGAGCACAGGACAAAGUGUAUCAGGGUGCUCUAGAAUCGAUGACGACGUAUGUCAGGCACCAGACUGUACGACGACAACAGAGGGUACAGGUUGGAAGUAUUGCACCGCUCUGUCGAUUGCUAAUCUCAACGGCGUUAUGCGAGCUCUUUACACAGCAACCGGUGAUAUGCCCUCGAACUUCAGCAACCUCGCAGAGUCCAUGUACAAAGACUUCACUUGGCCACCACCUCCAGACAUGAGCCUCUUCUGGUCAGAAUUCUUAACAGCAAUUAGUACAAUGCUUGUGGUUGUCACCACUCUUACAGGAAAUGUUGAGGUGACGGCAGCGGGUGCUUUCCUCGGAGGCAUGGUCACCGAAGGUCUGAACGCAAUUAAUGACGUUGAUUCGACCGCAGCCGACAAUCUGAGUCUGUGA